UGCUGGCCGUGACCUGCUCCCACCACCUACCUGUCCCAGGUGGUGCAGAGGAUCAAGGCUGUGGAGGGGCAGACUCGGCUGCUGGUGGUGGACAAGGAGACAGAUGAGGAGCUCCGCCGGCGGCAGCUGACCUGCACUGAGGAGAUGGCUCAGCGAGGGCUGCCGCCUGCUCAUGACCCCUGGGAGCCAAAGCUGGACUGGCCCCGUGCAGGCAGCCUCAGCUCUGAGGUUGGCCAGAAGGAUGUCAAUGGGCCCCUGAGGGAGCUGCGCCCGAGACUCUGCCACCUGCGAAAAGGUCCCCAGGGCUACGGGUUUAACUUGCACAGUGACAAGUCCCGGCCUGGACAGUACAUCCGCUCUGUGGACCCAGGUUCACCUGCCGCUCACUCUGGCCUCCGUGCCCAGGACCGACUCAUCGAGGUGAAUGGGCAGAAUGUGGAGGGGCUGCGCCAUGCAGAGGUGGUGGCCAUCAUCAAGGCACGGGAGGACGAGGCCCGGCUGCUGGUGGUGGACCCCGAAUCGGAUGAGUACUUCAAGAGGCUGCGGGUCACACCCACCGAGGAACAUGUAGAAGGUCCAUUGCCAUCACCAGUCACCAACGGGACCAGCUCCUCCCAGCUCAAUGGUGGCUCAGCAUGCUCAUCCCGAAGCGAUCUGCCUGACUUAGACAAGGACACUGAGGACAGCAGCACCUGGAAACGCGACCCUUUUCAGGAGAGUGGCCUCCACCUGAGCCCCACUGCGGCUGAGGCCAAGGAGAAGGCAAGAGCCACUAGGGUCAACAAGCGGGCGCCGCAGAUGGACUGGAACCGGAAGCGAGAGAUCUUUAGCAACUUCUGAGCCCCUCCCUGCCUGUCCCCCGGCCGGGCCUCCUCCCCGCACGGAACUUGGGCCUUGCCCCUUGGGCCCUGUCCACAGCUCCCCAAGCCUCAGUGGACAGGAGGGGGGCAUCCUCACCCCCUAAGCUAUGGUGGUCCCACCACCACCCAGGAACCCGUGCCCUAGCGAGCCCUGAUGCUGCCUCCUCCCUGCUGGGUGCUGGGGGAGCAUGGCAGCAAGAUGGGGACAGGGAGCCCCUAAGAUGUGAGAGACACCCAGAGAGAAAGUGAUCAGAGAAGAGAGAGGGAGAGGCAGUGGUGAUCGUGGGGCCAGGCCCUUGCUGCUCUGCCUGGGCCUGCUGACUUAAAGGAAUUUGUGUUACUGCUUUUUUUCCAAAAAGAGCUCUAGCUCCACACAUGUUUCCACUUACACCAGAGCCCCCGCCUCCACCACCCUCAGGACAUGCUCUCUAAAUAAUUGCAAUAAAACAAACCUUUCUCUGCAAACCGUUUCCUCCCCACCCCCUCAGCAGCAGCCAUUGCAAGUGGAAGUCAGUCCCAGGAACUUACAGGGACAGAGCUGGGGGGCUCCCAGGCUGUGUUCAUGCCGGCUUUGGGUGAGGCUGGGGUUGCCAGUUCAGCUGGGGUUGGCUGUAGGAACUGCCCCUCUGCUCCAUCCCUGCCCUCCCUGGGGUGGGGAUGUCUGGGGUGCAGGGCCUGGGCUCUUUGACGGGCCUGAGGAUGGAGGCCCUGUGCCCCUGAAGAGGGCAGCCUCUGGACAGACCCUUUGUCCCUGAACAGCAGCCUCAGGUCUUUGAGGUGUGACUGUGAGGGCCUGUCCCCAGGAAGGACCUCAGGCUCUGGGCUUGGCCCCCGCUGGGAGCCCUCCUUGAGGAAACCCCACCAACUCUGCCUUCCCCUCUGCCCAGAACCUGACCAACUGACCGACAUCGCUGUCUGCCCUGUAAGCCAUAGCGCAUGCGCGCCCUAGGAAUAAAGUCUUUCCUUGGA